AUAGAUAGGAAUCAUACUCGCAACAAACACAGGAAAUGUGCUCAAACAUUGGGUUAUACAUUGUGUGUCAUCACUUUGUACUUCGUUAUGAGAUACACAAUGUUGUAUAAGCUGGUGGUUUAUUUUCUGUGUUGUUUAUGUAACAUUCUCGUUGUUUGUCAAAGUGGAACUGGGAUUUGUAUGAAUCCAAACAGCUCAUCUAUUAGAUGUUGCUCAAAUUUUUAUUUAGAGGAUGGUGAAUGCUUAGAAUGUAUGCCAGGCUACAGAGGUGUAAACUGUUCAGCAAUUUGUCCACCUGGAUAUUUUGGACGUCUAUGUAAAUUGCAAUGUCACUGCUCCUUGGACAUGUAUUGUGAUCCGACAGCAGGGUGUUUGUGUAACACAACCAGUGUCAACUGUACAGAUCCAGAAUACAUUACAGAACAAGGUGUUACAGAGUCAAUAACCAGUGAUGCACAGGUUUCUCAAGCAAAGCACUAUGUCAUUGAGACUUUAUCCUCUUUGAUUGUCAUUGUGUGUUUCGUAGUCGGCUCGGUAUCUUUCAGGUAUAUAAAAGUUCAGAAGAGAAGAAAAGAAUCACAUUCAAAGAGCAAAGUGACAGACUUCAACGCCAGAGCACAGUUACCAGCGGUAGAAGAGAAAAGUUUGACAUCAUCCGAUGUUUACAAUCAUUUGAACCUUAGAGUACACUGCCCAAACAUAUCUCUUCACCAUUCCGGCAAGGCGGACACUUUCAUAGGCCCAGUGCCAUGUUCUAGAGGGACACUGACUAACACCUGCCAUCCGCAUGAGGAAAGUAUUCAUGUCAGCUGGCGUCAAAUUGACACUGCUCGUAAAAACAACAAAAAUGGGUUUGGGAGAAUCUCUGAAAAUCACACUCACAUGAUAGAAGUCAGUGAUCAAACGACAGAUACAGAAAAACAUACCUACUUCUCACCAAGAAAGUAUGGUAAUACAGAACAUCAAGUAAGCAAUCAAAACAAGAGACAACAGACAUUUUGCGACGGAUCAGCCAUGUUCGAACUCAAGCGAUCGGUUAACAGCACAGCUUUUCUCGAGAACAAAUCACAGAAAGACAAUGCAGCAUCAUCGGUAUUGACCAACAAUCAAGACUUAUAUGUAAACUUUGAUGAUAUCGGGUAUGCUAACUGUAUCUACGGACCGGAAAGUCCUUCAGACAGCGAGGACUCUGAGGUCUACUUUGAUGUCAGUUAUGAAGGACAGCUGACUGUGCCUGCCCCCACAGAUAAUAGUUAUUGUUUUCAAUUACCUUUUUCAUGUGAAAUCGGUCAAGAAAUGUCAGAUUAUAUUAACUGUGGUUCAAUAAUCUAAUUUUCAACACUUCACAUCAAAGCACGCACCAAGUGCAAAAUAAAUGUUGUGCAUUCAAAAUAUUUUUAGAUUAAUAUAUAUACUAAAAGCAGGAAGUUAUGAUUUAACGUUUUCAGAAAUUACAUCAAACUUGUGUUACUUCUCUGCAGUACUAUUUCCGAGAGCAACGGAUACACUUUGAAUUGGAUAUUGAAUAGUAUCUGACCAUUCAUAAUGUCAAUGAAUCAAAGUCCUAAAAAAUCUGUAGGAUCAAGAACGUAAAUUGAUAAACCUUGCAUCAACCUAGUAAUCUUUUUUAACUUCGGUGGUCAGGAAUAUAUAUUAACGAUGAAAUAAAAAAAAAAUAAUUAUCAGUUAUUUCUUAUUAAAUCAUUGGUUUGAAUAGAUUUUGCUUGAAAAUGUUUACUUCACUAAUCAUAGAUGUAGAUUUUGUUUAACAAUUAUUUGUAAUUAUUACACCAUUCCAUCAAAUUUUUGCUCGAUAUAAAAUAUCAUCAUUGAUUUAGUCAUGCAUACCAAUUAAAACACUUAACAAGAUACAGAUCGUUCCAUUGAUGGUUGUAUUAAGAACAGCCUUAUAAAACAUUGAAUUUAUCGCAUGUACUUAUAUCACUCUAUAUUAAGUAAUUCAUUAGCGUAUAACUCCAAGAAAAGUACAAUUGAAUAUUACCAAUUUCUAAUGAAAACAUAUGGAAAAACAGUUAACGCUCAUCCUUAUUCGAUAGCCAUUUUCAUUUAGCAAAUUACAGGAAUGAAAAUGAGAUGAUGCAACAGGUGGCAGUAUAGGAAAAUUAUCAAUUCUCUUUUCCUGCUCAUGAUCAAGCAAACAAUUGUAUUCCCAAAUCAGUAAAAGUAGAACAUCAAAACAUUUUUUUCACGUGCACAAAGUGAAUAGAUGCUAAAUAUUCCCAUUAUCAACUACAAAGACUGUAUUAACUGCCAUUUGAAACAAAUUGAGACGUUUCUAUUACUUUUUGCAUAUGAUUUCAACCAAGUGUGAUUUAAGAUUCUACGUUCACCAUUUUUCUAAGUAACCAAACUUUGACUUAAUGUCUGCCUUUUCCUUUAUAUCCAGAUCAAAAUCGUAAAUGGCAAUAUUAACCUUUUGAAUUCAUGUUUAAUUCGUCUACAGUAUAAUAAAUUUUUUAUUGUUUUCUGUUAGUUUGUUUUGUUUUCAAUCGCUUUGUUUUCUGUGACAAAAACUGCAAAAUUCCAAGUCCAAUUGAUUUUCUAUAAAGUACGAGUGAAUUUUCUUGACCUUGUCUUGUGAAAAAAAUAGUGCUAUAUCUAUUUAUUUUAUUAUUUAAA